AUGAGAGAUCAGGUCAAAACAAAGACCGUCUCGAUUUGGACAGACGUUAAUCUCAACAUUGAAUACUUUAUCAACCCCUUCUUUAUCCCCAAUCAACAAGGUGUUAUCAUUCGUCCCAACCUUAAUAUUCGAUGUAUGGAACUUUGGAAAUCACUCUAUAUGAACUACGAAACUCAAAACACCUGGUUAUUUAAUAGUUGGAUGGUUAGUAAAUCAACUCAACAUCAACAAUUACAAUCACUUUUAUAUCGUCAAGAAAAAGAAAAGGAAAAGGAAAAAGAAAAGAUUAAUAAUAAUAUUAAUAAUAAUAUUAAUAAUAAUAUUAAUAAUAAUAAUAAUAGUGAUGAAUCACCGUCGUCAUCGAUGACUAUUACAGUAUCACCACCAAAAAAUGAAGAUAAUAAUCAGACUACAUCGACAACAACAACAACAACAAGUCCAACUCAACCAUCACUUUUGGUUACAACAAAGAUUAGAUCAAGUUCAAGAUUUCAUAAGAAAUCCUAUUCUAAUAAUAGUGAUGUUGUUUUAGAGAUGAUUAAUUCACCACCUGAAACGGCAACUGAAACCAAUUCCAUAUCAAUUCCAAAUGGGUAUUCAUCACUUGGUAAAAGUGGAGGUGGUAGUGCCAGUGCCAGUAGCCUUCAUAAAUGUGGAGGUCAUCUAAUUGUAAAUAAUACUAUCAUUCAAACACCAAAACCAAGACCAUUACCAUAUACAAAAGUUAUAGCAUCGACUGGAGGAGAAUCUCAAUUCUUUUCUACAUCGACUAGAAGUAAUAGUAGUUCAAGUUCAAUUGCUGGUAGUAGUAGUGAUCAAAGCAGUGGUCAAGGUGUCAGUGUCACAUUAUCACCGAUUUUUGUUCGUAGUGAUCUACAUGGACGAUCAUCAUCAUCGUCAUCAACAUCCAAUUCUUCAACUUCAUCACCAUCAACCACCAAUAAUAAUAUUAAUAAUCCAAAACAUUAUUUACUAGGCACCCAUAGACCACCAUCAACACCCAACUAA